UGGGAACUCAAUGAUCCCUGUUGUUCUAGGUUCCCUGUUUCUGCUGACAGUACCUCUAUUUGAUAGAUUUAAUUUCACACCCUAGUUGUUUUAUGCUCGUUUCCGGACCUCCUGAGUUCUCCGUCCGUGACCUUUCGUAGUAACGAAUUGUCAUAGCCGUGCGAAGACGAUCCGUCGGUUGUAGAAAGAGUACCGCGGAUUGAUGCCUGAAUCUUUAUGAGAAGGUCGCAACUCUCUUCGUAGGAGCAGGAGCACUCUGAAACUACGUCAGGAACCGACCGAGAAACUGCUAACGCUUAUGAGCACGACGACCAUAGCAGCAGCCACGGACUGUUGAUUCCUGACCGAAUUUUUACCGCAAAUUGCCGUCUUACAGGCUUAGUCUCCCUGCGAUCGUUUCACAGCUGAUGGGUGUGAUUAUAUCGAAGCUGCUGAGCUCACUGUUCGGUGAGAGAGAAGCACGAAUUCUCGUUCUGGGCCUCGACAAUGCCGGCAAAACCACCAUCCUGUAUCGGUUGCAGGUCGGCGAAGUGGUCUCAACAAUUCCAACUAUUGGAUUCAAUGUGGAGACGGUUCAAUAUAAAAAUAUAAAGUUUCAAGUCUGGGACCUGGGUGGGCAAACGAGUAUCAGACCGUACUGGCGGUGCUACUUCCCCAACACGCAGGCAGUGAUCUACGUGGUCGACUCCACAGACGUGGACAGAAUCGGGACCUCAAAGGAGGAGUUCCACGCCAUACUCGAUGAGGAGGAGUUGAAGGAAGCAGUGGUGCUGGUGUAUGCCAACAAGCAGGAUCUGCCUGGGGCCAUGAGUGAGGUGCAGGUGUCAGACGCACUGGGUCUGCACAAGAUCAAGAGCCGCCCAUGGGCCAUCUACAAGACGUCUGCUGUCAAGGGCGAUGGUCUCUUCGAGGGGCUCGACUGGCUAAGCGAAACACUCAAGUCCAAGGGGCGAUGAGUUGAUUGAACACCCCUCACUACAUACUUUUUUCUAGAGGAGAAAGUGUCAGGAACAGGGGGUUCCAGGGUUGGAAACAGCGUAGGCAUCUUCUAAUCGUUCUUUGGCUAGCAAGCAAUGUACCGCAACCGCAACGCAAGAUUACACAGAAAACAUUCUAUUGAGAAAGCUUGCUUUCUUGUCCUUUGCAAUAGGCAUCGUUCUCAUUUCAAGUGGCAUGGUACAAUAGUCGCUUACUAGCUUAUAAGAAUCUAAAC